AGAAGAAGAAGAAGAAGAAGAAGAAGCGAUAUUGUGGCAGCUAGCAGUUCGCUGCUAGAGGUUUGAGCUAGGUUAGCUAAGUUUAUGUUCUUGCUGUUCGGCUAUUGUAGUUAAUAUUUUUAAUCUUUCUUCUGAAACAUGGACACCACAAUGUUUCGGCUGAGGUCGUUUGUCCAUCAGAGGCUGUACUCUGCAGCAGAGGAAAUCCUCGGAGAAGUGCAGAAAACCAUCACGUUAGCUUUGUACCAGGCUGAAGUGAGUCGAUCUAAAGAGGAGGUUGGAAGUCUGCGACACCAGCUCGACUUCCUGCGGAACAAACCAGAGCCUCUAAUGAACAGCAGCACGGUGGAAUGUGGAGAUGAAUGUGACGCCCCGCUGCUGCAGGAGGACCCAGGACCCUCCACGUCUGAAGAGUCCAACCUCAGUCUGGGUGCUGAGCUCCCAGGACCCUCAACAACCUGCACAGAACUGGAAAAUAAUAACUGGAACUACUGCUUGGUUCAGACAGGAUUCAAGAGGUCAGAGAUAAAAGAAGAGCAGGAGGAACCUGGGGACGACGGUGAAACACAGGAGAUGGCUUUUCCUGCUCCUGAAUUCUUGAAAAGCGAGCAGGAUCAGCCAGAAGAACCUGAAGAACAAGUGUUGUAUGAAAUGCGGCCGGUUUCUUCAGACUGCUCUGUAGCUCAAAGCGACAGUGAAGACGUGCUGUUGACCAGAAAACUAGCACAGGCUAAAACAAUAAAAGAGAAAAUAAAGAUAUUGCAAGGACAAAGUGGCAGCGUUAAUAAGACGAACAGCAAAAGGGAUAAAAAGGAUCGCAGUUUUUGCCAUUUUUGUGGGAAGGGAUUCCAGUACAUCGGCUCUUUGAUGAAGCACAUAAAAACCCAUGAGAACAAUUUUGAUUGCACUGUUUGUGGGGUGACAUGCAAGACGACACGGGAGCUGCUAAGUCAUGUGAAACGUUUUCACAACAAAUCAUAUUUUUGUGACGUUUGCGGCAAGACUUUUGCUAACAUCCGUCGCCUCCGGCUGCACGAGAAAAUACACACAGGCAUAAAAGACUUUGUGUGUCAAGAAUGUGGCAAGACUUUUAACCGAAGUGAGCAUCUGAUUGUGCACGUGAGAACCCAUUCUGGGGAGAAACCGUAUCACUGUGAUGUGUGUGGGAAAGCAUUCACUCAAAGCCAGAACCUUACGAUUCAUAAAAGAAGUCAUUCAGGGGAGAAACCGUAUCAAUGUGGCCUCUGUGGUAAACUUUUUAACACUAGCAGCCACCUCAAAACACACAUGAGAUACCAUUCAGGGGAAAAACCGUACCCAUGUGAUAUUUGCGGUAAAUGUUUUCGCCAAAGCGGACAGAUGACCAGACAUAGGACGACACAUACAGGAGAGAGGCCGUACAGCUGCCAUGUUUGUGGUAUGAGAUACAGAUUUGCACCUAAUCUGAAGGUGCACCUGCAAACUCAUGAGAAAGAACCAACAAACAUGAAAACAAUUGCUACAACAGGUACAUCUGAAAAAAUUUGAAUAUCAUGAAAAAGUUCAAUAUUUUUUGUCAAUCAUUUCAGAAAGUGAAACUCGUACAUUAUAUAGAUAGGACCUGAACCCCAUAGGAGUCUAUGGGCUGUUGUCAAGAGGAAAGUGAGAGACACCAGAUGAGCUGAAGGCUGCUAUAAAAGCAACAUGGUGCUGUAGGCUGAUCUCCUCCAUGCCACCAAGUAUUAAUGCACUAAUUCAUGAUUCAAAAGGAGCCCAACCAAGUAUUGAUGGACAGAAAUGAACAGACUUUUCAGAAGCCUGACAUUUGUGUUUAAAAUAUCAUUUUUCUUUAUUGAUCUUAUUUUCUAAUUUUCUGAGACACUGAGUUUUGUGUUUUCAUUAUCUCUGAGCCAGAAUCAUCAAAAUUACAAGAAAAAACAAACAAAUUUAUGAGAGAAAGAAAUCUCAAAUUUACAGGGAAAAAACGACAAAUAUAAGAGAAAAAACUCAGAAAUUUACAAGAAAAAAGUCAGAAUACUAAAUCUAAAAAUUAAUGAGAAAAAAACAAAUUUACGAGAAAAAAACAAAUUUACGAGAAAAAAACGCCUCAGACUUCUUUUAGAAGCCUGACAUUUGUGUUUAAAAUAUCCCUUUUUUUUAAAUUAAUCUUAUGUUAUAUUCUAAUUUUCUGAGACACUGAGUUUUGUGUUUUCAUUAUCUCUAAGCCAGAAUCAUCAAAAUUAGAAGAAAAACAGGCUUGAAAUAUUUCACUCUGUGUAAUGAAUCUAUAUAAUAUACGAGUUUCACUUUCUGGAAUAAUUGACAAAAAAAUACUGAACUUUUUCCACAAUAUUCUAGUUUUUUGAGAUGUACCUGUAAUACGUUCUUGAAUAAUAGUUAGAAGAGUUCUUGACUAAUUUUCUAUAAAAAGACAGCACAAUCUAAGUUUGUUCGUAGAUCCCUGUAGGUUUCACUUCAUAUGCUUUAGUUUGCUGAAACCUAUUGGCUGUUAUUAAAACGUUUAAGUGAUCCGACCAGUUAUAGCCAGUUUCACUUUGUUCAUCAGAGCUGCUCCUUUCCACAUUUCAAGUGUGUAUUUUUGCAGAUUGUUCUGUGUAAUGUCUUUUUAUUGUGCAACCAAAGUUCCACACUGGGGACAAUAAAGUUUAAUAUCCUGUCAUAUCACGUUACAGUGGUCGAUAUGUAUUUUACUGCCUGUGGCCACUAGGGAAGAAUAUUUCAACAGUACUUUUUCUUCAGUCUGUCCAAACACUAAAACCACUUCCACAGGAAAAAGUUGCAUCACAAUAAUGCCUCAAUAAAAAUAUAGUGAUGUCAUAUAUUUAGAUGUUUCUUAGUAAAGAGAACAGUAAGGAGACCCAGUUAAAAUGUAUCAAUAAAUGUAUACAUAAAUAAGUAAUAAAUAAUCAAUGAUUAAUGUGUGAUUAACUAAAUGAAAGUUGAUAGAGCUGAUCCAUAUAAUUAUUCAAUUACACACAAUUAAAUAGGACAUUAAUGUAAAUCAUGAAUUCAUUUCUAAAUGUUCCUGUCCUUUAUUCUUCCUUAUAUCUAUUUUUACUGUAAAAUAGUCAACUUUUCAUGUGAUAAAAACAGAAACCCUU